UCGUAGUGAACAUAAUGUUUACAUAUAAUUGGAAUAAAUGUAAUUUAACUAAUUUUAGUGUAUUUUCCGAAAUUCAAUAAAAUUUAAUUUUUUUUUUUUUAUUAAGUGGUGUUUAAUGUUUAUAAAUAGUACCACACGUGAUAACUACAAGAAUAAAUUAUACAAAUUAAAUAAUCACUACGAUGGUGCCAUAUCGUUGCUGUUGCGGCGGCAGCGGGUUGAUUUCGACGUUGAUGGCGGCGGUCCUCGUGUGCACGGUCGCAGGGACGAUGAACGUCGAGUACAGCUGGGUGUACGUUGACUACACAUUCGCCAGCCCCAAUCACCGGGAAUCAGCCAUAAAUUCUGGAAAGUUCAUUCCGGAAAACUGUGUCAUACUUGACGUGGACAAAUAUCAUGGUACAUCUGAAGGAAAAUUAUAUUUUAAUAUGGGUUCGAAUUCAAAUUCUGCUUCCAAACAACGAGUAUUCGUUACUAUUCCUCGUAUCAAGCCGGGAAAUCCUGCAUCGCUCGCAGAAAUAGUUCCAGGGGAUCGUGCUAACUCCGUAUUAUUAGCGCCUUACCCAAAUUGGAAGGCUAACACUAUUUCGGAAGACACGGUCAAUUGCGACGACACGAUUGUUUCCGUAUUUAGAACCAAAAUUGACCAUCUCGGUCGAUUUUGGGUUGUUGAUGUCGGCACAUUGGACCAAUUUGAGAUGACAGCUCGCUCCAUAUGCCCUCCGAAAAUUUUAAUAUUUGACUUGAAAAAUGGCGAUAGAGUUCUAAAAAUAUAUAAAUUUCCAUCGUCGCAGGUAAAAGACGUUUCAUUGUUUACUAACAUCGAAAUCGAUAUUAGAGAUUCAAAGGGCCGUAAUACAUAUGCUUAUAUAGCUGAUACUACUGCGUAUAAACUUAUCGUAUACGAUUUAAAAAAUGACGAAAGUUGGGCGGUAGAUCAAGCAUAUUUCUACCCAUAUCCAAAUAAAGCUCAUUUUAAAAUCAAAGGAGUUAACUUUGACUUAAUGGAUGGAGUACUAGGAUUAGCCUUGGGUCCUAUAACAAAAAACGAUCGAAAAUUGUAUUUCCAUGCAUUCGCUAGCACUAGGGAGUCGUGGGUGUAUACCAAUACAUUACAAAAUAAAUCGCUAUUUCAAAAUGGUUUAAUCGACGGUUCCGGUACAUUCUUUGUAUCCUCGGAAGUCAGAGAAACCCAAUCUAGUGUUGAAGUGAUGACAGACAAUGGAGUACUUAUAUACGCAUCGAUGGACAAUAGCUUAGGUUGCUGGAACAGCCAGGACCCGUUUACAACAAAACACAUCCACACGAUAUAUAAGAGUGACGAAGAUUUUCAAUUCCCCAGUGGUAUGAAAAUUGUAGAUGACAAAGUGUGGGCAGUGUCAUGCCAACUUCAGAAUCAUUUUACAACUAUGGUUACGAACCGUAAAUCGGUCAAAUACAGGGUGCUGGUUGGUCGAGUUGAUGAUUUGAUAAAACGCACUGGAUGCGAUAAGAGGUCGGCAAAUGUCGAUUAUGAUACUGACGAGUUUCUAGUCGAAUCGUUUGACGAUAACAUAUUGCACGAAUGGCGUGCGGUACCUGCAUACACACAACCGUGGAGCUAUUCGAGAAUUUCCAGGGUGUUCGAAGACAAAAAUGGCGUGAAACAGACACCUGUCAAGUCGUUGGUAUUGACCGGAAACGUAAACGUACAUAGUCACAGUAAACCGACGUCGUUGUCUUAUGAUUGCCGUAUGAGCAUGGUCAACGGUCAACUGAAAAACAACAACUGUUUGGGCAAGUCUCGUCGGAGGAAUCGGGUGAAGCGCGUACCCGGUCCUCUUAGGUGACAUCGAUUAUAAAUUUAUAAUAAUUAUUGCUUGUGCGGAUCAUUAAUGUGACGUACAAGACGUACAACGGUUCGUUUUUAUUUUCAGAAGUAAUUUUUGAUCGACUUCUGCAGCAUUUUAGUUAAUUUUUUUUAUAUUUAUAAAUAUAUAAAUAUAAUUACCUAUAAACCGCACACAACCUCAUAAUAUAUUAAUGUUACCAUCUUUAAUUUGUAUAUUAUUAUGUUUAGAGAUCGCGAUUGCAUAACGCGCGCAUAUAGCGGAAGGUAGUCUCAUGCAUCGUUUCCAGAAGCUCAUUAGUUUAUAAUUAGAUACGUUCGUAUACAUGCGUUAAGUUAAAGACAUAAAUAAGUGUGUACUGAACAAUACAUUUUACAUUCUAAAUGUGAUUAGUGCAUGUCCGUUGUCCAUAAACCACUUUAAGAAAACUAGGUGUUCAUACGAUGAGAAAUAAUUAUGCAAUGAUUUAGAUACAUGCCUAUAAUCUACAAAAAUAAAUUUGAUACACGUAUAUAACUGAUACUAU